AUGGCCGACACAGCGCGUCCGCCGGGCUCGUCGACGAACUCGAACGUUGGAGAUGAGAAGCACGCACAGGCCACAGCGGAGAGACUUCAAGAUGGUUCAGGCGCCACACCGAACGCAGGUACUGCUGCAGAGGGACCCUCUAGUGAAAGAACCAAGCCGGCGUUGAAACCAGGCACGUCGAACGGUGGUCCUGGUCUUUCGAAAUAUGUGCCGUCUUGGGUGGCAGCGAAUGUGAAUAAUCCGGCGUCAUGGAAGAUACUAUUUCGAUGCUGGCUCGCGUCUUGGGCUGCGUUCAUCCUUAUACUCCCGACGAAGAAUCUGACGGUGCUUGGAAAUGCUGCGUUUUUCACCGUUCUGUGCUCAUUCUUCAUGCCACCCAAUCUACCCAUCCAAACCUUCUUAUUCGCUAUGUCGACCAUGGUCAUCGGCGUCUGCCUAGGAUGGGCGUUCGGAGCAGCUGGUAUGGCGGCCGCGCUUGCGGCACGCAGCCAGACUCUCCUUGCUGCAGCCAUCCAGAAGACCGAAGCGAGUGCCGCGACCGCGACGAACCCAGAUGCCGUAUUUCAAGUCGCCGUUUUCGAGGGUGUAUUCUUGGACACGCGAUCGUCGGUGGUCAUGGGCGUCUUCCUUGGCGUCGGAACCUUCCUCUUCGCACUCAUACGCGCCUACAAACCUCAGUUCACUCUGAUGAGCGUCUUCGGAACUAUCGCUAUCGAUAUAUUUUGUACUAUCGGACCUCUUUUCCCGACAGGCUACUACACCAUCCCAGAGAUCAUUCUCCUACCAGUCGCGCAAUAUAUGGCCAUCGCCGUCUUCCUCAUCAUCUUCGUCUUCCCCGAGACGAUGAGCCAUGCGUAUUUGAAGACCGCGGUGAGCAUACUGGGGAUUGUGCAGACGAUAUUGGUCUUGCAGGAUGAAGUAUUGUCGUCGGACCCGCGCGAUAUUGAUAUGGAGUCUGCGUUGGUGAUGAAGUUAAGAGGUCUGCGCGAGGGGAUGGUCAGGCUUUAUUCUUCCUUGGGCCAGCGAUUCAAGUUGAUCAACAGCGAAUUCAGCUACGGUCGCUGGCACAGCACAGACGUCCAGGACCUCGAACAACCACUCCUCGGAAUCGUCGCUCGAAUCAACGGUCUCAUGAGUUUCGUCCGCUACAUCGGCCGCAAAUCUCACUUCUUCAACGAGAUGUCCGCAACUUCUCGAGACGACACGUCAACGCUCCACGGAUCCUCACACUCCCAUUCUCAAGGUGACUCGUACCUCCUCCGUCAACUCUAUGACCGCUCCACCGCCGCCGAAGAAAAAUUCCACGUCCGCCUCUCCGACGUCUUACCCUCCGUCCGGUCCGCCACCGCCGACCUGCGAGAAGGCUGCGCCGGAGCUGUAGGUAGCACCAAGGACAUGCUGGAGUUCAUUAACAAGACGAGAUGGAAGGGCGAGUCGAAGAAGGGCGAUGAGGGAAAUGAGGGGCUUGCGAGGAGGGAGAAGGAGUUGGAUGAGUGGGCGGAGAAGUUGAGGGGGGCGUUGGAGGAUUUUAAGGAGAGGAGGAGGUUGGAGCUUGUGGAGCCUUAUUCGGAGCUGAUUGAGUCGCAGGGACAAGGACAGUCGGUCCCGGCCGUAGCCCCCGCCACUGUCACUGCCGACGACGGCGAAGAUGAUCCCGCUGUGGAUAUGAAGAAAUCGUUCCUUCCCCUCCGCGGUCUCUUCGUCAGCUACGUCUUCGGAGCGUCCUUGAUCGCCGUCGCGGAUGUCAUAUUAGUGCUCGUAGACUUGGUGAGGUCCAAAGUGGCGAAGAGGAGGAGGAAUAGGCUGUGGGCCCCGAAGGGACUCAGGGCACUCGCGAAUGCGGUGGUGUUUGGGAGAAGUGGGGAGCAACUUGCGGAGACGCUUGGGGAGGAGGAUGCGAGGGAUACAAAAGAAAAGGGAGACGGCAUCGAUGAAGACGACGAGGCUUACGCGAAGGACCCGGACAGUAAACCGCCGCAGAACGGGUUCCAGAGGGUUAUGAACGCUUUCCAUGGGGUAUACGAGUGGACCGGGACGGCUGAGUUUUUGUUCUGCUUCAGGUAUACGCUGCUCUCUGUAGUGCUGUACCUUCCUGCUGUCUUCCCGAAGAGCGCUGAGUUUUACUAUGCCCAGAAGGGACUAUGGGCGCUCAUCAUGGCACAAACGACGCUGAACAUCUACGCCGGCGACCAAAUCUACAACUACGUUAUUCGUCUCCUGGGCACAUUUGUCGGUUUAAUCGUCGGUCUGUUGAUCUGGUAUAUAGGGAAUGCGAAGAGUAAUGGUAGUGCCUAUGGGAGUGCGGCUUCAAUGGCCGUAUUCCUCGUUCCUCUGGUCUUUGUUCGACUUUAUGCGCCGGUGCAAUAUUUACCUGGUGUCAUCAUUAUGAAUGCUACCGUUGUCCUCAUCGUCGGAUAUUCCUGGAUCGAUGGACACUUGGCCGUGUUCGAUCCACCGGGAAUCGGCUGGCCAAUCGCAUGGAGAAGAUGGGUGCUCGUCGUCAUCGGUUCGGCCGCCUCCUUCAUUAUCAUGAUGCUCCCACCCAAGUCAGGUCGCAAGGUCGUCCGCCUUCGGAACGCGGCUACCAUCAAUAAACUCGCGCAAACUUAUACGUUCCUCAUGUCUGCAUGGAUUCGAACUGAUUUUGAACGAACGGAGCAAGAUCGACGCGAGGAGAAUCCCAUAUCAGAAGACGCCAUAGCCGAAGGACAAGAUCCCGCGAAUGAAAAGCAGCUGAACAAUACUGGUGGCAGCUCAAUGCACAGCAAAGGACUCGACCCCAGGAAGUUCCCGAAUCAGUGGAAAGAACCAUUCAGGCAAAAAAUGGUCUCGGUUAUAAGUCAGUUGCAGGGGGUGUUGCAACAGACGGAAAUGGCGAGGUGGGAGGGAAAUUUGAGGGGGCAUUGGCCGCAUAAGGACUAUGUCCGGUUGGCGCAGGUACAGCUUGAGAUGACGGCGUGUAUGUCGCAGCUCGCCGGUGCUCUCUGGAAAAUGGACGACGAAUGGCGCGUUUCGCUGCUGCAUCACACCAACGUCCUCAAUCCGAACUUCAUCCAAGACGUUCUCACCACCUUCUCGCUAGUCUCGCAAUCCCUCCGCACCGGCGAACCGAUUCAUACCGUCCUACCACAGAACAUACUCGAGCGGCUCGUCUACCAUUACACGCCUGUGUAUCUCAGCGCAAUCCACUCUGGUGGCAAGAAUGCCGGCGAAGGGGUGAACCCUCCAAGGGGAGGAAUAAGGCAGAUAGAUUCGAGCGUAUUCAAGAGUUUGGAUUAUAUGUAUUAUUCGGCGGCGAUCGUGGCGGUGUUUCAGAUACUUGAGUGCGUCGAUGAGCUGCACAGUAUUACUAGGAGGCUCUGUGGAGAGGUUCCAUUCGUAGGGUUCCAUGAGUGGCGAGGUACCCAUCAGCGAGCUCAUGAUCCUACAGCCGCACGGUCGUCAUGAACGUACUGCUGCGCCUUUACAGCCUCGACUC